CUUGCAAACAUUCCAAAGUUUUCUCAAUUGUCUUCAAGAGUAUGGAGAGUUCUUGGUUUGAAUCCGGGAAAAUUCACUCUUCAAGGCACAAACACGUAUCUUUUAGGAGCAGGUGCACAAAAAAUUCUGUUAGAUUGUGGGGAAGGCAAAGCCGAAUAUUUGGGGCUCUUGGAAACAUCUAUUCAAGACACACAUCCUGAUGCUUAUAUCUCUGAUAUCAUCAUCAGUCAUGGACACGGUGAUCAUUGGGGAGGAUUGAACGAUAUUUUAAAUUCAACUAGACUCAACCCUCAUAAAAAUAUAAAGGUGCAUAAGUUUCCUUUGCCUCUUGGGUGUCACAUGGAUCAUUUAGAUCGUUUUCCGAAGGACAUUCAGGUCAAUGAUUUGACGGACAAUCAAAUAUUUAAGGCACAAGACGUUACUUUAAAAGUCGUGUAUACUCCAGGACAUACAAAGGAUCAUUGCACAUUUUGGUUAGAUGAAGAGAAAAGUAUCUUUACUGCUGACUGUGUUCUUGGGCAAGGAACUGCUGUUUUUGAAGAUCUCUCGGAAUACAUUGAUGGUCUUUCAAAAUUAGUCACACUAAAACCCACUCAGCUUUAUCCUGGUCAUGGCCCAUUGAUCGAAAAUGGUAUCGAAAAGAUCAAGGAAUAUAUUCAUCAUCGUUUGGAGAGAGAAAACCAAAUUAUCCAGUUAUUCACUAGCACAAAACACAGUUGGACACCCAUGGGAAUUGUUGAGGAAUUGUAUAAAGAUUACCCUGAAUCACUUCAUCUACCUGCUGCCAGAGGCAUUGUACUGCAUUUACAAAAAUUACAGAGAGAUGGCAAAGUU